CUCGGCCGCUCGUUCGCUAGCCCCAUCUUGUGUCCUCUCUCUACCUCUGAGCCGUUGCGGCGCAGCCCCAGCCUGCUCCUCUUCCUCUCCCCUGCCAAACUCCCCGUGGUGCCGUGGUUAAUUCGAGUAUAGCAAUGGCUGUGGCCUCCAUCGUUCAUGCACCGUCUCUCCUAGCAGUCCAGACCUUCCGCGGACAGAGGAAUGCUGCCGCUAACCGCUCACCGAGAGCGGCGGCUUUCAGAGUCCGGGCAGCGAAGCUUCCGGCCGGAGUCCAGGUGCCAAGGGCGCAACCCAAGCUGAGCGAGCCGUUCCUGGGGUUCACCAAGACCGCCGAGGUAUGGAACUCCAGGGCCUGCAUGAUGGGCCUCAUCGGGACCUUCAUCGUGGAGCUGAUAUUGAACAAAGGCGUUCUUGAGAUAAUCGGUUUUGAAGUGGGAAAAGGCCUCGAUAUUCCAUUGUAGUCUGAUCUCCCCUCCCUGCCUAUGAGAUGCUGAUGCUCGGGACAUAAGAGCCACAUGAAAAUUAAGGUUGUAGCCACCAAUAGCUAUGCUCUGCAUCAUAGUAAAUAUAUAAACAAGCUCUAAGCAUUCCGUUGCACUUGCUAUUUUUCAUUUUACACUCGUCUUACCAAAGUCAUCGACAGAGUGAUCUUCAACACUCGACAAUAUUCUGCUGAGCUGGGUGAUAGUUCGUACCGAUAAUACGAAAACUUGUUUGUUGUUUUGAAAAGAAAAACUGAAGUUGUCCAUGUUUUGAAAAGUAUGCCGACUUCUCAAUCAUAAUGAUGUGGUUCUGAUGCCAUGAUA